AUGGUGACUGUUAGAAGUCUUGGCACUAGCUGCAGCAGUGUAUAUGACAUUACCACAAGGGUUCAAGAUGAAAUAGGGAUUUACUGGACAGGGGAAGAAGCCUGUAAUGACAUUAGGAUGAUACAAGAGACUAAACAGACAUUACAAGAUACAUUCAAAAUGAAAGAUCUUGGAGAUCUCAAGUAUUUCAUAGGGAUAGAAUUUGCCAGGUCAAAUAAAGGAUUGAGUGCAGCAAAACCAGCUACUACACCAUUUGAUUCUUUUGUGAAGUUGACUACUAAGAAAUAUGAUGAAGUUAAUAAUAUAGGACAUGAUGACAAGUUACUAGAAGAUCCCAACAUAUAUAGAAGAUUAAUUGGCAAACUCUUGUAUCUUACUGUUACAAGACCAGAUAUUGCAUAUGCAACACAAACUCUGAGUCAGUUUCUUCAUCAGCCAAAACAAUCUCAUUUAAUUGCAACUGUGAAGGUAGUAAGAUAUAUAAAAGGUCAAGCAUGGUGGGGAAUAUUCCUAUCCAGCAAAAGUAGCAAACAUCUAAAUGUUUAUUGUGAUUUAGAUUGGGCUACGUGUCCAUUGACUAGGAGAUCAGUAACUCGAGUCUUGAUAAAGCUUGAAAACUCUCUUAUUUCAUGGAAGACCAAGAAGCAAGGAACUGUCUCUCGAAGCUCAGCAGAAGCUGAGUAUAGAAGUAUGGCAAAUUUUGUAGCAGAGGUUGUAUUGGAUAGUUAG